AUGCAGUGCUACACAGAGCUUCUACCGCCUUCCGGCGUCACUCAUGCCCUGUCGGUGCCUUUCACUUCAGCUAAAGCCGAAAACUUGAUAGUUGCUCGCACAUCCCUGCUUCAAGUCUUUCGGUGGGGGCAGGCCAUUCCGGGGCAAGAAACAAAACUCGUCCUGGUUGCGGAAUACAAUCUUGCUGGCACCGUCACCGCCUUGGGCAAUGUCAAGAUCGAAGAUUCCAAAAGUGGUGGAGAUGCCAUCCUUGUGGCGUUCCGAGAUGCAAAACUCAGUCUCAUCGAUUGGGAUCCUACAUUGCAUAGCAUAUCUACCCUGUCAAUACAUUACUACGAGCACCAUGACCUUCCAUCUGCUCCUUGGCAGCCUGAUUACGCCCACUGUGUCAGUCGUUUGACCAUUGACCCGUCCAGUAGAUGUGCUGCUUUCAACUUUGGUGUCAGUAACCUUGCCAUUCUUCCCUUCCAUCAAAUCGGAGAUGAUUUGGCCAUGGACGAUUUUGAUGACCUCGACGAUGAAGAGAAGGCGCGACAUUCCCCCACCAAGCUGAGAGACGCUCACCCCAAUGGUCACGAGACUCCUUUCCAUCCUUCAUUCGUCUUGCCUCUCACCGUCCUGGAUCCGGGUUUACUCCAUCCCGUGGAUAUGGCUUUCCUUCACGAAUACCGGGACCCCACCAUUGGCAUCCUCUACUCCACCUUCGCGCGCUCAUCCAACAUGAGCCCUGAACGUCGAGAUGUCACAAUAUAUGCCGUCUAUGCCUUGGACCUGGAGCAAAAGGCGUCAACCACGCUGCAGUCGGUCUCCAAACUUCCCAAUGAUCUUUACCGAGUCAUGGCUCUUCCUCUUCCCGUCGGUGGUGCUCUCCUUGUGGGAGGAAACGAGUUGAUCCAUAUCGACCAGGGCGGGAAAUCCAGUGCCAUCGCGGUCAACGAAUUUGCGCGAGACGCAUCCUCUUUCUCCAUGGCUGAUCAUUCUGAAUGUCGGCUCAAAUUGGAAAACUGCCAAAUCGAGCAUUUGGGAAAUGCCAGUGGUGACAUGUUGGUCGUCUUAAAGACCGGAGAGGUCACGCUUUUGACAUUCAGAAUGGACGGUCGUUCCGUCUCCAGCAUGGCUCUCCGCCGACUUCACGAAGCACAAUUACCGAGUCUGAUUAUGGGAACCGCGUCCUGCACAGCAUAUCUCGGGUCCAAUCGUUUAUUCAUUGGCAGUGAAGAGUAUGAUUCAAUCGUGAUCAGCACCGCCAAGAAAUCUUCUCAAUUGAAGAGAACGAAUUCUCGAUUACAGCUUCCCAUGAGUGGAAGAGGCGUCGAAGACGACGAAGACGAGGAUGAAGUCGAAGAUGAUGACGAUCUUUAUGCCGAAGUCUGGGAUGAGCCUAAUGGACAUUCUUCUGCCGCUGACGUCGGUGGUCCAAACUUACGCGUGACGGAUCGUCUCCCUUGCAUAGCGCCGAUCAACGAUAUGGCCUUUGGAAAUGUGGGGAAGCGCAAGCGUGAUGAUCCCGAGGCCCUCGAUCUACCUCCUCUCCACGGCCGUGAACUGGCCAUCGCCUAUGGAAGGGGCGCUGCCGGUGGACUUGCAUUCGUAUCGAGCAAACUUGAGCCACGCGUGACCAGAAGAAUGAAAUGUGAGAAUGCGACCGGACUGUGGUGCUUCAGCUCCAACAGUAAAAGUCAGGUGGGGGACAAUGGAAAAGACGAGAUCAUCGACGACCUUGCCAUCAUCUCGCGGAUCACGAGUGAUGGUGUCGGAUACUCUUCGGUGUUCCGACUCAGCGGUGUCGAUUCGAUGACGGAUUCGGAAUUUGAUGAAUCGGCCGGAUCGACUAUUUCGGUCUCCAAGUUGGAGGCGACGAAUCAUACCGUUCAGGUUCUGCCCACAGAAAUCCGUGUUUAUGAUGAUAAAUUUGCUCUUUCACAAAUCUUCCCCGUCGUGGACGAAGAAGAGGGUCAGCUGAGCAAGGCCGUCAAGGCCCACUUUGCCGAACCCUACCUCCUCGUCAUCAAAGAUGAUGGAAUCAUGUCUCUGCUCAAGGCCGACAAAGCCGGUGAACUGGACGAAGUGGAACUUCCCGAAGCUCUGAACAAGAAAAUGAUCCUCUCAGCAUCCCUGUACCAGGAUCACCAAGACUUCUUUCAAACUUCGAGAUUCUACGGAAAUACGACGUCGCCGGGACCAAUCUUGACGGCUCUAACGUCGGAAGGGCAUUUUUACUUGCUGUCACUCCCCAAUAUCGACAUUCGCAUAUUCCAGUGUCAGAGUCUGCCAUUCCUGCCUACCUACCUGAUGCAAGAUCUGCAGUUGCCCAAGCACUGGAGAAACAAAGAUGACCUUGCCGAGGCGCUGUUGGUCAAUCUGGGAAAUGCAACAGAUCAUCGGCCAUAUUUGGUUGUUCGAACGACGACGGGUGAUAUUGCUCUUUACGAACCUUUUGCCAUUCCCGAUGUGGGAGGAAGUUUUAAAUUCAAAAAGGUCAUGACCAAAUCGGCCGAGACUCCGGACGACCAAGAAGAGGAGGAAGGAGAGCAAUCAUCAAUGCGUCCCAUGCAAAUCAUACCCAAUUUUUCCGGCCGCAGCUCGGUAUUUAUUCCGGGCUCCCGCCCUCUCAUUAUCCUACGAGAGGCCUCGACCAUGCCUCAUGUGUAUGAGAUGAACACGGACAAUAUCAAAUCGAUGAGCAGUAUCCAUGUAGACUUCUGCCAAAACGGAGUGGCAUUCCUCGAUGAGAGAGAUGAUAUUUGCUUUGCCGAACUUCCCGAGUCGACAAUAAUAGGGCAGUCAGACUGGGUGGUGAACAGAGUGCCCCUGGCCCAGGACAUCAGUGCCUUGGCUUACUAUGAACCAACCGACGCAUACGUUCUGGCGACGAACUAUACGACGGCGUUUCAACUUCCUCAAGAUGACGAAUGGCAUCCGGAAUGGCACCAUGAAGCCACCACAUUCCUUCCCACCACACGUCAAAGUACUCUCAAACUUCUCAGCUCCAAAAGCCACUCCAUCAUCAGUCAAUACCAUUUUGCGGCCGGUGAACGAAUCCUGUGCGUCAAGAGCCUGAACCUGGAAGUCUCCGAAGAGACCCACGAGCGGAAAGACUUGAUUGUCGUCGGAACGGCCGUCGUAAAAGGCGAAAACAUUACCACGAGAGGAAACCUUUAUCUGUUCGACGUGGUCGAAGUGGUCCCGGAGCCUGACAUCCCGGAGACCGAUCUCAAGCUCAAAUUAAUCACCAAGGAAGACGUCCGUGGAGCGGUGAGUGCGCUCUGUGGUGUGGGUUCGCAAGGGUUUGUUCUCGCCGCCCAAGGCCAAAAGUGUAUGGUGCGAGGAUUGAAAGAAGACAUGUCUAUUCUACCCGUGGCGUUUCUCGACAUGCGAUAUUACGUCCAUGUCGCCAAAGAGCUCCCCGCAACGGGUUUGUGCAUUCUCGGCGACGCGUUCUCCGGCCUCUGGCUCGUCGGAUACUCCGAAGAACCGUAUAAGAUGCAGAUACUGGGGCGAGAUCUUGACAACCCCGCAGUCAUGGCAGCAGAAUUUCUUCCCGACGACAAACAACUAUACAUUAUUUCGGCGGACGAUGACGGGCUGCUACGAGUCUUGCAAUAUGAUCCCGAGAAUCCCAAGACGGAACGAGGCACCAAAUUACUGCUUCGAAGCACGUUCAACAUGGGCGCCGUGCCGACGACGAUGACAUUGCUACCGGCCAAGAUGGAUCCCGACCUUGAUAUGGACUUGGUCUCGACGCCACCGUCAGACUCGAUGCAGCGAAUCCUGAUAAGCACGCAAUCCGGCUCACUAUGCAUGCUGACUCCACUACCCGAGACCGCAUACCGUCGUCUGUCGACGUUGCAAAAUACCUUACUGACGACGCUCGACUUCCACCCAUGCAGUUUGAAUCCACGGGCGUAUCGACAGGUCGAGACUGAUGGCAUAGGGGGUCGAGGCGUCAUUGAUGGUAACUUGGCCAAGAGAUGGUGGGAGACAAGUACCCAGCAGAGGGUUGCCAGUGCAGACAAAGCUGGUGGAAGUGUGUGGGAAGUCAGGGCCGAUAUGGAUAUGAUCAGUGGUGGCGAUUUAGGGUUCUAG